UCGGUCAGCACCAGAAUGGACAGCUCCAAAAAAUUUGCCAAGGUCGAAAACCUGCUGGACGAGAGAAGUUACGUGGACACGCUGCACCAGAAGGCGAUAACGACGGUGCCGUGUAACAGUGAGCGAUGUAUGGGCUCCCUCAUGUCCAUGAUGGCCCACCGGCCCACCGCGGCCCCGCGGUCUACAGAAGAGCUUUUGAUCCACGCCAAAGACUUCAUGGAACAGUACUACACCUCCAUUAAAAAAAACAACACCCCCGACCAUUUCAAGAGGUUGACGGAGAUCCAGGAAUCUGUGGAGCGGACUGGCACCUACGAGCUGACCACAGCAGAGCUGACCUUUGGUGCCAAGUUGGGCUGGAGGAACGCGCCCAGGUGUAUCGGCAGGAUACAGUGGUCCAAGUUACAGGUUUUUGACGCCCGCCACAUCUUGACAGCCAGGGGCAUGUACGAGGCGUUGUGUAACCACAUCAAGUACGCCACAAACAAAGGGAGUCUCAGGUCCGCCAUCACGAUUUUCCCCCAACGUAAAGAUGGACGCCGGGACUUCCGGGUCUUUAACUCUCAGCUGAUCCGUUACGCCGGCUACAAUAUGGAGGACGGUCGUAUCGUCGGUGACCCGGCUAGUGUCAACUUCACAGAGCAAUGUGUGAAGCUGGGAUGGAAGCCCAAGUACGGAAUGUUUGAUAUUCUUCCCUUGGUCCUGUCAGCCGCGGGUUCGGAUCCCGAGUGGUUCGAGAUUCCUCCCGAGCUUGUGGUAGAGGUCAACAUCCGCCAUCCAAAGUACUCAUGGUUUGCUGAUCUCGGGCUCAAGUGGUUCGCCUUACCUGCCGUCUCUGCCAUGUUGUUUGACUGUGGAGGUCUGGAAUUCCCGGCAUGCCCGUUUAACGGCUGGUACAUGGGCACGGAAAUUGGAGCCCGCGAUCUCUGUGACGCCAACAGAUACAACAUUAUGGAGACUGUGGCGACUAAAAUGGGCUUGGACACAACGAGGUUUUCAUCACUGUGGAAGGACAGGGCUCUUGUAGAGGUCAAUCUGGCUGUACUGUACAGCUUUCAGACGAGUCGAGUGACCAUCACUGACCACCACGCGGCCAGCGAGUCCUUCAUGAAACACAUGGAGAAAGAACACAAACUACGAGGUGGUUGCCCCAGUGACUGGGUCUGGGUCGUCCCUCCUAUGAGUGGCUCUCUAUUGGAGGUUUUCCACCAGGAGAUGUUGCUCUACAAAUUGAAACCUUCUUAUGAGUAUCAGGAAGAUGCAUGGAAGACACAUAUCUGGAAUAAAGACAUAAACAAGCGAAAAUCGACAGACAAACCCAAGAGAUGAUUAGGAUUUAAAGAACUAGCAAGAGCUGUCAAGUUCUCCAGUAAACUAAUGAAGAUAGCGCUGGCAAAACGCAUCAAGUGUAAAAUUUUAUUUGAUACAGAAACUGGAAAAUCUGAGAAAUUUGCCAAAACAUUGGGUGCAAUAUUUAAACAUGCAUUUGAUGCUAAGGUACUUUGUAUGGAGGAUUAUGAUGUGAACUCUCUGGAACACGAGUCCCUAGUGAUUGUUAUCUCCAGUACAUUUGGUAACGGGGAUCCUCCUGAGAAUGGGGAGGCGUUUGCUAAAAGUUUGCACGAAAUGAAUUUGUCAGAGACUAUAAAUGGGGACAUAACUGGGACCAGGUCACAUUCUUCAUACGUUAGAAUGAGCAUCUCCAGUGAGAAAGAGGUCAGACUGGACAGUGAAGAUUUAAAUAGUGCUGCAGAUUCUCUUGCUAUGGUCACUGGGCCACUGGGCAAUGUUAGAUAUUCAGUAUUUGCAUUGGGGUCUAAGGCUUAUCCACAUUUCGCUGCUUUUGGCCACUACAUUGACAACACCCUCCAUGAUUUGGGGGCUGAGAGAAUUUUCCCAGUUGGAGAAGGGGAUGAACUCUGUGGUCAGGAACAGAGUUUUAGGACUUGGGCUGAGGGAGUUUUUAAGGCUGCAUGCGACACAUUCUGUUUGGGUGAUGAUGUGAACAUCAGUGAAGCCACAGGUGCACUAAACAACAGUGACCACAGCUGGCUGCCCAACAGGUUUAGGAUUACACCAGUGGACAAUGGCAAGGAGCCAGACAUGUGUGAAGCUCUAUCUAAAGUUCAUAGCAAACGAGUGCUUCCCUGUAUAUUGAAAGAAAGGAUACAACUACAAGCCUCAGAUUCUGACCGCCAGACGAUUCUAGUAAAGUUGAACACACAAGGUGCCUCUGAGCUGCUGUAUGUACCAGGUGACCAUGUUGGCAUUUUUCCUGCUAAUGCUCCAGAACUGGUGGAUGCUAUUCUGGCCAGGCUUCACAAUGCUCCCCCUCCUGACCAAGUUAUACGCACAGAGUUUCUGCAUGAAGUUGUCACGCCCUUAGGUACUAACAAGACCUGGGCAGAGUUUGAGAAGAUGCCAGUGUGUAGCAUGAGGUCUGCCUUCACCUACAUCCUGGACAUCACCACCCCACCCUCCCAGUCACUGCUUCAACUGUUGGCCACACAGGCAACCGGAGAUGUUGACAGGGAGAGGCUGGAAAAUCUGGCCACAGAUUCCAAAGCCUAUGAAGACUGGAAGUAUGACCUGAGCCCAAACUUACUGGAAGUCUUGGACCAGUUCUCUUCACUUAAAGUGCCGCCAUCUUUGUUGCUGACCCAGCUGCCCUUGCUACAGCAGCGCUACUACAGCAUCAGCUCCUCCCUGCUGAUGUACCAGGGGGAGAUCCACGCCACCAUAGCUGUGGUCAAGUUUAGGACACAAGAUGGCGCUGGACCAGUCCAUGAGGGUGUGUGUUCUGGUUGGAUGAACAGAUGUUCAGUCGGUACAGUUGUGCCUUGUUUAGUUAGAGCAGCCCCUGCUUUCCACUUGCCAGAAAAUCCUGCCCUUCCUAUCCUCAUGAUAGGCCCUGGGACAGGCAUUGCCCCCUUCAGAUCUUUCUGGCAACAGAGGAUGAUUGAUAAAGAGAUGAAUAGCGUGCCUUCAAAGGGUUUAACAAAGCCAUUUGGAGACAUGACUCUAUACUUUGGAUGCCGCACUGCAUCUCAAGACAACAUCUACGGGAAAGAGCUGGAAGAAAUGGAAAAGGCUGACGUGCUGUUUUAUCAUGUCGCCCUGUCUAGAGAACCAGAUAUGCCAAAGGUUUACGUGCAAGACAUCCUACUAAACAAUGCUUCCAUUGUUUAUGACAUGAUCGUGAAGAAAGGCGGCCAUUUUUACGUUUGUGGCGACAUCGCAAUGGCCCAUGACGUCACACGCACGCUGAAAGUUGUCAUGCAAGAACAGGGUAACAUGAAACCAGAGGACGCCAGCAGAUUUAUAACAAAACUUAGGGAUACCAACAGAUUCCAUGAGGACAUAUUUGGUGUCAGUGUCAGGAGACCAGGGGAGUUGACUGAGAGACCCAAAGACCAGUCUACUAGAGCGCUGCCACAAAAGCCCUUAGAAAACUUGAACUGAUAUUUCAUUUGGUUGCAAUUAUCAAUUUAACUAUUAUGUGAGCAGUAAAAAGAACUUUUAAUUCUAAUCAGGCAAUAUUUAAAACUUUUUAUCAGCUUUUAUUUAACUUGAUUCCUCUAUCUGUCGCAGUCUGUUUUCAGUCUGUCGUCAUAUAUCGAAACGCCCCAGCGAAAUUUCGGGCACUUCUAACUAACAGAUUCGUUUCAAAGUUGGCACGUGGGUCAAGACAUGAA